UUGUAUUGGGAUCGUUUGACUCGAAGUUAAGGCACCCUUCUCUUUGGGAUGAUCCCUCAUUCGCUUGACGGAUAGCCAUGACUCUGGGUAGAGCAUGUCUUCCUCCGUUGUUCUAAUCAUUCCCUCAGAUCGACCCCCUACGUUCCAGCAGGGAAAACCGCGGCCAUGGCUCAGAACUGGCAUCCGGCCGUUCAGGUCGUCAUCAAUGGCCAUCCACAAGCGCAGCCUCUUGGCCCGAGUGGGCAAGCUCGGGGCUGUAACAGGCCCUUAUAUGUGAACGAAGCUCUACAGUACUCUCCUAUGUCCAGCGCGCCGGUCUUUGGUCUAGAUUGCAUCCUACGUCCAGAAGUCGGACGGCCACCUAGCACUACCUCUAUCAACCACAUUGUCCAGUCGGGUCGCGCUGCUUUGAACGAUUUGAAUAAUGAGAUUCAAUCGGGACGUGAUGAGUCGAACCGCUUGGAGACUUCCCGGGAGUACCUGCAGCAAUUGUUAGAUGGCGACCAGCUGACGGAGUUCAAAUUUAAACUGCCCCCGGGCUUGGGGAAUGCUCAAGCCUCACCAUCCGAUGUCGUCCCAGACCAUGUCUCCAGCAAUCUUAAGCUUAGUCCCUUUGCGCAAAUGAUGCUGGACGCCACGGAUAUUGCUUUCAGAUAUCCGACGUCCGGCGACAUGAAAGUUUCACAGAAGCCUACGCCCGCGAAGGCAAAGUCACCUCUCAUAAGCAAACCAACUCCCCCUCCCCAGCAUCUACAGCCUCUCCAAACCAGUCAGCUCUCGGUAAUCAUACCCGUGAAACCACUGCCACCUCAUACCGACGAUCAUGGUGCCUCGAAGAGGCGGAAACUCAAUACAGAUGGAGGUGAUAACAUUGGAUCAAUACGAUUGAAAGAUCAAAAAGAGGAGGCGGAUGCUGCUCUUGUCAAGCUACAGGACCUUUUUCAGGAAAUAUUUGAGGCGGAGGAUCAGCUUGAUCCAGGAACAGUGUCAGAAGACACUACUGAACAACCCAACGCGGUGUUCGUUGCAGCUCACGCGCUGGACGUGAACGGGCUGCUUCUGUCAUCAGAUGCUCAUACACGGCUGCAAAAGGCUAUCAAGAAAGUCGAUAGUUUCAAUCGGCUUCAGGAUAUUCCGUCAGAGUACUUGAACAGGGCCCAGAAGCUGUGCGAGAAGCCUAUCAUUGCUGCGCAAUCGCUUGACCUGAGACUGGACGACCCAUCGAGUGAAGCGGACACUCAGGAUUGGCUCAGAAAGGUGGAUGACAUGCACAAUGCUCUAUAUGCAGUAGGGACCUUGCUGCAAACUAUGUCCGGAUCUCAAACGGAGAGAGAUUUAUGCCCAGAGGAUCUGAUCGAAGCUAUACCCAAUGUCUUUAACCAGGUUUUUGAUCACUGCGUCAUUCCUGCUGUUCAAGCUCGUCCCGGCGGCAAGGAUGCGAAAUACUUCGAAUUCUUUUCAGCGCAGAAACGGGUGUUGGGGGCGCUCAUUCAGCAAAGCAAGAAAGUACUUGCUCUGUUCGCCGAUUUCCUCGCACGCAUUGAAGUGUCGGAAGGCACGGUCAAUGCUGCUGAGUACUUUGCAGCCAAACUUAUAUUUGUGGAGAAUGCUCACACCGAAAAAGACUCCACCGUCGGUUAUCAAAAAUACGAGUCGGUCAGGCGGGGAGCCAUGGAUGUUCUGGCAAAGAUAUUUUCAAAAUAUCCUGCUCAACGGCCGUAUAUUCUAGAUGAGAUUUUGGUGUCUUUGGAAAAGCUUCCUUCAACACGGCAAAGCGCGAGACAGUUUAAGCUUGCCGAUGGUAAGAACAUACAGCUUCUCACCGCGUUGGUGAUGCAGCUUGUGCAGACGACUGCUCUGGAUGUUCCUACCUCCAAAUCUUCAAGAAUCAAACGCAAGCUACCAGGUUCGACAGACAAUGACGACGACGAAGACGACGAUGAGCUUGCAGGACACGGUCAGGCAGAUGAUGAUCAGGACUCGGAUUUAUCCUUGGAACGUCUUGCGACAAAAGUCAAUCGCUUAUAUGAUAAUGCCGUACGGAGUGCUCAGUAUAUUGUGAAGUUCAUUGUACAACGGGCAAUGACUUCGACUAAAACUGGGGAUCAGCCAUAUCGAAACAUUUUCGACCUUUUUACCGAAGACUUGAUCAGCGUCCUAGGUUCCACAGACUGGCCGGCAGCGGAACUACUUCUCCGAAUCAUGGCCUCCCAUAUGGUUGGCAUCGCUGAUCUUGACAAAAGUUCUGCGACCGCAAAGAGUAUGGCUCUUGAGCUCUUGGGUUGGAUGGGCUCCGCUAUCUCUGAUCUCAUAGCCACUGCUCAGCAUCUGCUUCCCGCCAUGGAAGAAUCGGAUAGUGAGCUCACAGACGAUCUGAAGCAAAUGUUUGAGGACUACACGAAUCGUGCUUUGCACCCGCAGGACCUGGUUGUUGCGAAUGGUCCGUACAGGAUGACUCUCGAGUAUCUUAUUCAAGAUCGGAGCUCGGAUAGUUGGCAGCUGACAAGUGCUCGGGGAUACUAUCUGGCACAGUGGGCCAAAACGUUCUGUUCAGUCUACUACAACUCAGAUGAUAAAGAUGAUUCUGCUUAUGAUGAUGCGAACGACAGUCUGGUGGAAUUCUUCGUCAAGUCGAUGUCUGAGCCUUUAUGGCUUGAAACCCAUCGACACUUCGACAACGUUCCUACAGCACAUGGCCGAUUUGCAUACAUGAUGACGGUUUUGAACUCGGGCUUCUGCAAAGCUUUUGAUACAAUCUUGAAAGUCCUUCUUAAUUCGAUCGCCAGUGACCAGGCCAAAGUCCGAAGUCGCAGUCUAAAGAGUGUGAUAUACAUGCUUGAGAAAGAUCCCAGUCUUCUCGACAGAGACGCUUCCGUCAUGCGGGUGAUUCUGCGCUGUGCGACAGAUGCAUCUCCAAUGGUGCGUGAUUCUGCGCUGUCUUUGAUCGCCAAAUGCAUGGUGCUAAAGCCGAAGCUUGAGGAAGAAGGCUGCCGAAGCAUUCUGGCCUGCGCCGCCGAUCCAACUGCAGGUGUGCGGAAGCGCUGUAUUGGUCUGCUGAAGGAUGUGUAUCUGAAAACUUCGCGCACCGAACUGAAGCUGGCUAUCUUAGACAGCUUCUUGCAGCGGACAAGUGAUUAUGAAGAAAGCGUUGCCACAUUGGCUCGUCAAACAUUUGAGGAGAUAUGGCUCACGCCAUUCCACGACCUCAUAGAAUCUGCCCAAGACGGCUCGGCACUCAAGGUGGGUCUCGGUGAACGUGUCACUCUGAUUGUCGAUCUGGUUCAACGCAGCGACACAGCGCUUGAGACCUUGGGAAAUUGUCUUAAGAAGAUCAUGUCCGAUACUUCUAAGACCGCACCUCUCAAUUUUAAGGUGUGCAAAGCCAUGGUUUCUACCAUGUUCGAGAAAUUAGUCGAGGAUAGUGAUUCCGGCAAAGAAUUCCAGCAGGCGUUGUUGCAGACAAUCACCGUAUUUGCAAAAGCCAACGCCAAAUUGUUCCGUCCUGACCAGCUGGAGACGCUUCACCCCUAUAUUGGACAUCUUGCCACAGCGGAGGAUCUCUUUCUUUUUCGGUCUGUGGUCGUUAUCUACCGUUGUGUACUGCCUUAUUUGUCCUCGGCACAUAACAGUCUUCUGAAAGAAGUACAGAACGACCUUUUCAAGAGCGUCGCUAAGCUUGCUCGCUCCGAACUCAACGAAGUUAUGGCUUGUCUAUGGACCAUCAACGGCGUUCUUAACAAUACUGAUCGGCUUGUGAAGCUCACAAUCUCCGUGCUGAAACCCAUACAGCACUACAAGAACGUUGACCUUUCGGACGGUAGCAAUAGUGCUGUGUUGGCCAGAGCGAAAAGCUAUAUCCGUAUCGCCGGUUGCGUUGGGAGACACUGCGACCUUGAAAAGUACGAGCCCCAUUUUAGAGCUGCGUUUCCAUCUUGGAAAGGUGGUUCAGUGGCUGGCUUGAUGAUAGAUUCUAUGAUCCCAUUUACCCUGCCCAAGCAACCGCUCGAAUUGAGGGUAAUGUCGCUGGAGAGUCUGGGUUCUGUCUGUCAGUCUUGGCCAGCUCAGUUUGGCCGCGAGGGUCCGAGACAGGUCCUUUCCAGCGUCUUCAAGGAAGACAAUCCCAGUCUGCAGAAUAUCGUUCUCAGAUCGUUCGCCGAUUUCUUCGCAAUGCAUGAAGGCAAGACAGAAAAGUCUGUAGUGGCUGCUGCCGAGAUUGCAGAACAGGAGAACGCAACCAGAUUGGGAGGAUCACUAAGAGCCAGCGACAACGAUGGGGCUGCGGCCUUGAUUGCACAACAUUUCCUUCACAGCAUGCUUAAGGUCGCGCAGUCAAGGCAAGAUUCAUAUGCUUUGACUGCAAUCGAAUUGAUAGCAAGCAUCAACCGUCAGGGUUUGGUGCACCCGAAAGAAUGUGCUGGCGUGCUCGUCGCUCUGGAGACAUCUACUGUCCCAGCAAUCGCCAAGGUAGCGACUGACACCCAUCGGAUGCUUCACCAACAGUACGAAUCUAUGUUUGAAAGAGAAUACAUGCGUGCUGUCCAGGAAGCCUUCUACUACCAGCGUGAUAUUGUGGGGGAUCCAAGUGGCGCCUUAAGCCGCCCGUACAUCGCGAAACUAGCGCCACUCUUUGAUAUUGUCAAAAUCAGCAACAGUCGCUACCAAAGAAAAUUCCUCUCAAAUCUUUGCUCGAAAGUGGACUUCGAACUCAAAAAUCUGAAUGUCAGUGGUGACCCACCUGAACACCUUCUGCUCGCUCGCUUUGUGGCACAAAACCUUGCGUUCUUCGACUAUGGCCAGCUCGCCGAACUUGUGCCGACUAUUGGCUGCAUGGAGCGCAUUGUUUCUGCCACGGGGACUAUUGUUGCUCACUCGAUCGAGACGGAAGUCUUUCUCUCCAAGCCUGAGGCUCCACUAGGAGACGAGACGGCUGUACCUGUGGCGCAAGGUCCGGGAGACAUGGCUCCGAAACCGCAGGUUAAUCAGGGGACUUUGCGACUUCUGGCUACGGCUGCUGCAUCCCUCGCCAUGCUCUGGGAAGCUCGAACGUUUCUUCGCCGUCUGUACGGUGUGACAGCACAUGUCCGUGACAAAGAAGCCAAAACCGGCGCCAAAGAGCUCAACAAGUCGGCUACGAAAGUGCACGGCAUUACGGGCGACAAAUUCUGGGACGCCAUCGCACGGAACAUGAACUCCUUGAGUAGCGUGGAGGCAAUGAUUGAGAAAUGCCGAGAGUUCGCGACUUUACUUGCCAUUGAUGACGAGUUUAAGGUGGGAGACAAUGAAGACGCCGAGGGGGAAGAAGUUACGGACAUGGAUGAUACGGGAGCUGCGUGGGCUUCCGCGAGUACCCAGAGACCUGCGAAGCGAAAGAACUCGAUGUCCGGACAUAAUCCCGUGAAGCGCCCGCGCGGGCGUAAAAGUGGUUCGGGAAAGAAACGAGCCAGCACCGAACCGGGGGAGGAACCGGAUUGGCAUUAACGAACAAAGCCAAGGCCGUUGAUCGGGCUGGUUGAUGGAGAAAGUGCCAGUGACUGGACUGUUCAAUAGUCGGAAAGGUUGCAUGCAUCUGGGAUCAGGAAUGGCGUUUUGUGGCGAAAGAGAACUCUGCUUUGGUAUCUGAGCGCGAUUUAUGAGGCACUGGAUUUUAUUCCCACUAUUUUUAAACCAGGGAGCGUGAUCGCUGGUUUUCUUUUGUUGUUAUUUAUACCUUCGUGACUCCUGGAAUUGUGGCUCAAGUGUCGUGUGGGUGGGGAAUUUCCACCUUCCUAGGGGUCCGGCGUGGGUUACCAAGAUAU